AUAAAGCCCAAAACUCGGCACUCUCAACCCCACAACACCAUUUCAACAACACAAGCAUCUUCACUUCACAAGCAUCUCUUCCUCUUCUCAGAAACCAAACCCCUCUUCAUCUCUUCUCACCCUUUCUAAAAUUGCUUUGCAAAGAUCCUUUCCUUCUGCUAUUCCAAUUCAUGGGUGUUCAUUAAUUCAUCGUUGACCUUUGUAGUAACAGUGUUUCUGCUAUCAUGGAGCUAAUUUCUGGUCUACCGGAUGAUGUUGCGCGAGACUGUCUGAUUCGGGUUUCAUACGAGCAGUUCGCCGCAGCGGCGGCGGUCUGCAGAGGGUGGAAAACAGAGAUACACUCGCCGGAGUUCCAUCGUCAACGGCGGAGCACGGGGCACGCCGAGAAAGUCAUGGUGACGGUUCAAGCCCAGCCCGAACCGGAGAAGUCCGGAACCGGUUCGACAAAGCGUCUGACGAACCCGGUUUACCGGCUCAGCUUAUUCAACCUGGGAACAGGUGACUGGAGCGAGUUACCGGCACCUCCCGGUUUCGGUUCGGGAUUACCGGUGAUGUGUCAGGUUGCCGGUGUCGGGUACGAUCUUGUGGUGAUGGGCGGGUUAGACCCGGAUUCAUGGAAAGCAUCGAAUUCGGUGUUUAUUUAUAAUUUCUUGUCGGGGAGGUGGCGCAGUGGGACCGACAUGCCCGGUGGGUCCCGCUCGUUUUUCGCAUGCGCGUCGGAUUCUCACCGGACGGUGUUCGUCGCCGGCGGGCACGACGAUGAGAAGAACGCGCUGAGGUCGGCGCUGGCGUACGACGUGGAAACGGACGAGUGGGUCCAGCUGCCGGACAUGGCGGCGGAGCGCGACGAGUGCAAGGCGGUGUACCGCCGUGACGGGAGCUUCGUCGUCGUCGGUGGUUACCGGACGGAGGCUCAGGGAGGUUUUGAGAGGACCGCAGAGGCGUUUGAUGCGGCGGAGGGGAAGUGGGGCCAGGUGGAAGAGAACUUCUUGGGUUGCGCCACGUGUCCGAGGACGGUUGUGGACGGCGGCGAUGGAGAUGAGAGCGGGUACAUGUGCAGUGGCGGCGGGGAUUUGAUGGCGAAGAGGGGGGACACGUGGCAGAAGGUGGCGAGGGUGCCGGGUGAGAUAUGCAACGUGGCGUAUGUUGGAGCGUUGGAUGGGUCAGUGUUGUUGAUAGGAUCGAAUGGGUAUGGUGGAGUUCAUAUGGGUUAUGUGUUUGAUGUGAAGAGUUGUAGUUGGAGAAAAUUGGAGAGUCCAGAAGGGUUCCAUGGACAUGUCCAAAGUGGUUGCAUCUUGGAGAUUUGAUUUAGGAAUUUGGGGUUUUUGAUAUUUCCAAUGGAGGGUGAUAUUUUGGAUUCACAGAUUUGGAUUAUCUGUGCAGGGACAUGGCAUAAAGUGUUUUUAACUUUUUCUUGAUCCCUUUCCACCUCUUUUUUUAUUAUUCUGGCUGUCUGCUGAGUGCUGAGGGAGAUUUUGGAUAGUAGUUUGAGCUUUUUGACCCCUCCUCAGUUUGAAAAGAAAAAACAAAAGUCAUGAACAAGAUAUAGGUAAAAAUUAUACCUUUCUAUGAAAAUUAACAAUGAGACUAGUUCUGUUGGAAAAUGAUUCCCUCCCUUACACCAUUAAGGACUUAGACCACAUGUCAUAUUGGAUGAGAAGUGAAAUAAGCGGAAAAUGUGAUAUGUGAUGUGAUAAAGAAAAAUAAGUGAUAAAUGUGAUAUGUGAUGCGAUAAAAAAAAAAGAGGUAUUGUUACUCUUUUUGUGUAUCCUGGUGGCAUGAAGUAAAUAUGUUUGUUUCUGA